AUGGGACCUCCCGGACUUGGUGGUGCUCCUGGUGAAUCCGGGCGUGAAGGAACCCCUGGUAAUGAGGGAGCUCCUGGACGUGAUGGCCCCGCUGGACCCAAGGGAGAUCGCGGUGAGGGUGGUGCUGCUGGUGCCCCUGGAGCUCCUGGACCUCCUGGCGCCCCUGGACCAGUUGGACCUGCUGGAAAGACCGGUGACCGUGGAGAGACUGGACCCGCUGGCCCUGCUGGAGUUGCAGGCCCUGCCGGACCUCGUGGUCCCAGUGGACCUGCUGGAGCUCGUGGAGACAAGGGAGAGAGCGGAGAGGCUGGUGAGAGAGGCAUGAAGGGACACAGAGGUUUCACUGGCAUGCAGGGACCCCCUGGACCCGCUGGAUCUAACGGAGAGCAAGGACCCGCUGGAACUGCUGGACCUGCCGGACCUAGAGGUCCUUCUGGAUCUGCUGGUGCCCCCGGUAAGGAUGGUAUGAGUGGCCUCCCAGGACCUACUGGACCUUCCGGACCACGUGGUCGUUCUGGCGAGAUGGGACCUGCUGGUCCCCCUGGACCUCCUGGACCCCCUGGACCCCCAGGUGCUCCUGGUGGUGGAUUCGACCUCGGCUUCAUCGCUCAGCCUCAGGAGAAGGCUCCCGAUCCCUUCCGUAUGUUCCGUGCUGAUGAUGCUAAUGUUCUGCGUGACCGUGACCUGGAGGUGGACAGCACUCUCAAGAGUUUGAGCCAGCAAAUCGAGCAGAUCCGCAGCCCAGACGGAACCCGUAAGAACCCUGCCAGAACCUGCCGUGACCUGAAGAUGUGCCACCCAGAAUGGAAGAGCGAUUUCUACUGGAUCGACCCUGACCAGGGCUGCACUCAGGAUGCCAUCAAAGUCUACUGCAACAUGGAGACCGGAGAGACCUGUGUCUCACCUGCUCAGCCUGAGGUAGCCCAGAAGAACUGGUAUGUGAGCAAGAACAUCAAGGAGAAGAAGCACGUCUGGUUCGGCGAGACCAUGAAUGAUGGAUUCCAGUUCGAGUAUGGCAGCGAGGGCUCACAGCCAGAGGAUGUCAACAUUCAGCUGACCUUCCUCCGUCUCAUGUCCUCGGAGGCAUCUCAGAACAUCACAUACCACUGUAAGAACAGUGUGGCCUACAUGGACGCUGCUGCUGGUAACCUCAAGAAGGCCCUGCUCCUCCAGGGCUCCAACGAGAUUGAGAUCAGAGCUGAGGGCAACAGCCGCUUCACAUACAGUGUCCUGGAGGACAGCUGCACGUCACACACCGGAACAUGGGGCAAGACAGUCAUCGACUACAAGACAACGAAAACAUCACGCCUGCCCAUCAUUGACAUCGCUCCUAUGGACGUUGGUGCUCCAGACCAAGAGUUUGGCAUUGAAGUGGGACCUGUCUGCUUCUUGUAA